AAUGCCUUUGCAGAAUACUUCAAUCAAAGUAACUGAAUUUGUUAUAGGUGGAUUUGAAGCAACCAAAAGACCUAUGGUAGUUGGUGUGGUUAUAUUGAUAACCUAUGUUCUAACUCUUCUAGCCAAUUCUGUAAAUAUCCUGUUCAUUAUUUUUGACAGGAAAUUACACAAACCAAUGUAUCUUCUGAUUUGCAACCUUGCUGUUGUUGAUAUAGUGUACACCUCCAGUGCCAGUCCCACAAUGAUUGGGGUUCUACUUGCUGGGGUUAACACUAUAUCCUAUGUACCAUGCUUAAUUCAAAUGUUUGUUUUCCAUUGGGGUGGGGUGAUGGAAAUGUUUGCUUUAGCGGUUAUGGCAUUUGAUCGAUUGAUUGCUGUUGGCUAUCCCUUUCAGUACCACAGUUAUUUAACAAAUGUGCGCACUCUUGUCCUUACAUGUGUCCUGUGGUUUGCUGCCUGUUGUUUUGUGGCUGUCAUGCCUGCAACUGUGCUUCCUCUCCCUCACUGCCACACAAAGCUGAAGUACACGUUCUGUGACUAUGCCGCCAUAAUACGAACUACUUGUGUUGACCCCACUUACUAUUUCAAUCUCGUUACAGUAAUAUUAUUUUUUCUGUUAUUUUUCACUUUCUCUUUAAUCUUCCUGUCAUACUUUUGGAUGAUAGUUUCUGUGAAAUUAUCCUCUGGUAAUGACAAAAAGAAAAUGGGCAGCACUUGUUUGAGUCACUUCAUUGUGGUAACAUUUUAUUACUGUCCAUUAUUUAUCCGCAUUGUCCUAACCAGGAUAGCUGCUUCACAGAGCCCUCGCAAACAGUGCACCUCCAGCUAG